AGGUGCAUAAAUAGGCAGUAGGACCAGCAGCAUUCACACUGAAACCAGGAACACCUUCACAUCCUGGCAGGCAACUGAGAGAGUAAACAAGGGCAGCCAUGGAGAAGAGUUACCUGUCCUUGCUCCUGCUGCUCAUCGCCAUCUCCUGCGCUCUGGCCAAGGAUGCGGCCAAGAAGGAUUCUAAGGACACUACGGCUAAGCCAAAACUGCCUCAGACACUCUCCAGAGGCUGGGGUGACCAGCUCAUCUGGACGCAGACCUACGAGGAGGCGCUUUUCCGAGCCAAGCACAGCCAGAAACCCCUCAUGAUCAUCCACCACUUGGAAGACUGCCCACACAGCCAAGCCCUCAAGAAGGUCUUUGCUGAACACAAAGAUAUACAGAAACUGGCUGAAAAAUUCAUUCUCCUGAACCUUGUGUAUGAAACCACAGACAAGAAUCUUGCACCUGAUGGCCAGUACGUCCCUCGGGUUUUGUUCAUAGAUCCUUCCCUGACUGUGAGAGCAGAUAUUACUGGAAGAUACUCAAACCGUCUCUACGCAUAUGAGCCCUCUGACAUUUCAUUGUUGUAUUCAAAUAUGCAGAAAGCGCUGAAGCUCCUGAAGACUGAGCUGUAAGAGGAAGAAGAAAGCCCUUAAAUAUUAUGGAGUCUUAUCUUCUAUCUCUUCUCCACACCUUGAUACUGGUGAAGAGACUAUUUAGAGUGAUAUUUAGUGAUGUGUAGUGAUGGUUUCUAUACAUAAACACUACAGUUUUACAUUAGCACUUUUGUACUGGGAAGCAUUUUUAAAAGCUGGAAGCUUUUAUUUUAAGGCGUACAGAAGAAUACUGUAUGAUCCAACUGUAAAAAUGAUUUUUUAAAAAAUAAAUUCAUUUCAAGUGUUUACAUACAAAACAUGGCUGUGUUUUCAAUUUUUUCCCUUAUCUUAAUUUACCAUUAUUAGACAUAGUAAAAUCACCAUGUUGCUUGAGACCACAGCUUGCAUCCAAGCAAUUCAUUUUACAUUCAAGCAAUCUGGAAGGAAAAAGGCUGUCGCAGAUCAAUCCCAGACAGCAGCUCAACCUCACACAGCCACUUGCUCUCUCACUCCACUCCAGAGAAGAAAGGAGAGAGGUAAAGCAGAAGCUGUGUGCACAAGCAGAGCAAUACGCAGGAUUAAUUCAUUUGCAUUAAUUCACCGGCAGGACUAAUUCACUGCUUCCCACAGGCAGGCAGGUGUUCACCCACCUGCAGGAGAGCAGGGCCCACCAAAUAUAAUGGUGACUUGGGCAGACAAACACCAUCACUCCAAAUGUGCCCCCAUUCCUGCUUCCCCCAGUUUGUAUGGUGAGCAUGGCAUAUCCUCUUACUCAGCUGUCUCAGCUCUGUCCCCUCCCAACUUCUCUGCAGCCCAGGGCUACUUCCUGCAAGGGCAGUGCGAGAGCAGCAGACCUCGACUCUUUGUCAGCAAUCAUAGAAAACAAUCUUGUGUUAUCAGCACCAUUGUGGCUGCAAAUCCAAAGCACAGCACCACACAAGCUACUGUGAAGAGAAUCAACUGCAGUCAGCCAAAGCCAGCAGAGGAAAGCAGCUUUUUAUCUCCAGUUUCAGCACCUAGCUAAGCUAUUACUCAGCCUACUUUAUCUCCAAUUAUUUUCUAGUAGCACCAGCCCAUGUAGCAUUUCAUUAUCAGCCCUUUCUUUACAGCUAAAAUAGCAAGAGUCAAAAAAGUCAAAAUCUUUCACAGAAAAGUACUUGAGAAUGGGAUUGUUUGCAUACAGGGUUGUUUUUCUUCAGAACUGGAUGUAUUCUGAAGUGAUUUAGGAUGUAACUACUUCCCUUAAAAGGUACCUGCUUACAUCAGAUUUCAGUAAAGCCCUGAGAUGAUUAAUAAAGGGAUUCCACAUUGACUAUGUGGCUGGUUUCAUGAUUACUUAUUCAAAAGCCCAAAAGGAACAAGAGAAGUCAGAACUAAAAUAAAUGCCACAGAUGAACACCAUGAGAGUGUACAUUACAUAAAGACACAUGCAAAAAGGAGAUUUUCCAGCCCCAAAUAUCUGCUAUCUCUGAACUCAGCAGCAGCAUCAGUGGGAAACACUUUGGCCAUGACCAUGCCCUCAUUAUUCUCUGUUCUUUGGCAAUAGCAGCAUUCUUUCCACUUCUAUUACCAUUACUGCCACUACCAGUCACAGUGAGAACUACAAGAGGAAAAUGCUUGGGAGGACAGGACAGGUGAGAGAAGCAAGGGUUUCACCUAAAGGGAAUCUCUCAGCAAAAUCAGACGGGAGGUAAUAGGUCUUGCUAAUAGGUCUUUGGCAAGUUGUGCAAACCCUGCCUACCAGAAAACCUCAAGAGGUACCUAGAAAGGGUCCCAGACAUGGAAUUCAGUAUUCCUUCAGCACUUCAGUAAGAUAUUACUUUCUGUUGCAGCAUCCAGAAGACAGAGGAAAAAGAGAUGCAGGGGGGGGCAGAAAUAGUCUCUAGAAUCAUGCAUCAGUCAGAAAAAGCAAAAAAAGUGGUUGUAUCACUUAGCAGAGGGACAGCACAGAGGGAGGCCAGAACUGCUGGUUAUCAGAACCAUCUUUACCUACUCAACCCAAAGUACACUUGCUAUAGCUAUGUGACAUAAACAAAGGCUGCCUGUGCCAUCGUGUUUACAAAGCUGUUUUUAUAACACUAUGGGAAGUAGCAUGAUUUUCUUAAGCACAGGUACUGAUGCUAUGGAUAACAUCCAGUAAAUUGAUAUAAGGCAUAACUACAAGUGUCUACUAUCUACAUGCAAAUGUAGAUGCAAGUACACAAGUUAGUACAGCCUGCAAGUAAUGUUUCUGAAACUGAAAUUUUUGAUGCAUAAAUGGUCAACUUAAUUCUGCUCUUUUAAUCCUUUCCUCUAAAGACAGAUUUUUUAGGCUCACAGAGGCAUCAAGCCAAGCUGAGAUUGCUAAAAAAAAGCCUCUUUCCAUUUCUCUGGAAAACCUGAAAAAUCAUUGCUAACAUAUAUUUGAUCACUAAAUAACCCAAAGUACACAGCAUGGAUAUGGGGGUUUUAAGAAUUCCACUAGCAUUCAAUCUUCUAAUUAAUUAGGUUUAAAAUAAUAAUGCAAGUUAAGAAUACUAACACCUUCCUAUUCACUUGUCAUCUAUAGCUUUUAAGGUAUGUUUUUACAGGUAUAACUUCAAGUUAUACAAGCUUUCCCUGUUGUAAUAGUUACCUUCACACGAAAAGUGGCAGAUACUGUGCAGUAGCAUCAGGACAUUGGUCAAUAUCCAGAUUCACUUUCUCACGUAGAUGGAAUUAGAUUGUUUUAUAGCCAAUUAUUUUUAUAUUAUAAAAAUGUGUAUGCGUUUUGAAAGAAGACAUAUUUCAUUUUUCCAGAAUAACCAACCUGAAGAAAGCAUUUCAACAAACUAAGGCCAAAAGACAUCUAAUGUAAGCAGUAAGAAUGCUCUAAGUUAAAUAAUUCCAUUACUUUGACAUUGGGCUGCUGUAAAUGGCUUCUAGAAAAUCUGGUGACAAUGAAGUCCAAAUCUCAAGCAACCAGGUGAAAAUUAAAAUGCAUCUCUAGAAAACAAACAACAACAAAAAAUC